AGCAAGCUAGGCUACUUCCUCCCAUAAUCUACUGCGGUAUCCAAGAAAUCACCGAACGUGUUCCCCUCAUUUCCUUCGCGCAGACUGCUGGGAUAUGUAGUCGCCGCGGCUGUGACACCAUGUAGUCCAGGAAAUCUCGAUCCGGCUUUUGGUCUGUAAAAUUGUGUCUUCCCCAGAAUUGGGCGAGAGUCCUGCCUGCCUGCUGUGCAUUCCUGUUGCGUCUCUGACAUGGAGGAAAUGUUGUCCUUCUCGGAUGUGGCCAUCGAGUUCUCUCCAGAAGAGAGGGAAUGUCUGGAGCCUGCUCAGUGGACUUUGUACAGGGAUGUGAUGCUGGAGAAUUACAGCCACCUUGAAUUCCUGGGUCUUGCUGUCCGUAAGCCACACCUGGUGACAUUUCUGGAGCAGAGACCAGAGCCUUCAGAUGGGGAGAGACAAGCAGCUGUCACCGUGCACCCAGGAACAAAAUCCAACAAUCACAGCAGUUACAAGGCCAUUGAUUAUAACUCACUACAGAUUCAGUGUCAGAGAAUUCAUACAAGGGAGAAACCCUACAAGUGUGAAAAAUGUGGUAAGGGCCUUAGUUCUUAUAAAGCACUUUCCAUACAUCAGAGACUUCACUCUGGACAAAAACCCUACACGUGUAAAGAAUGUCACAAGGCCUUCAAUACUCGCUCAUCACUUUUUAUACACCAGAAAGAUCAUACUGAUGAAAAAACCUACAAGUGUGAAGACUGUGGCAGAUCAUUUUACUAUCUUUCAAUGCUGAAGCAACAUAAAAUAAUUCAUGUUAAAGAGAGCCCAUACAAGUGCAAAGAAUGUGGCAGGUGUUUUUUCUCAUUUUUAUGCCUUAGACAACAUCAAGCAAGACAUACUGGAAAGAAAGCAUAUAAGUGUGAAAAGUGUGGCAAAUGCUUUUCCUUCCCUUCAUCCUUUCGGCGACAUCAAGCAAUUCAUUCUGAAGACAGUCCCUAUAAGUGUGCAAAGAGUAGCAAAACUCUUUCUCGUUUUACAUUCCUUCAAGAACAUCAGACAAUUCAUUCUGGAAAGAAAUCAUACAAGUGUGAGAAGUGUGCCAAAUAUUUUUACUUCCCAUCAUCCCUUCGGCGACAUAAAGCAAUUCAUUCUGAGGAUAAUCCCUAUAAAUGUGGAGAGUGUGGCAAAACUCUUUCCAGUUUUAAAUUCCUUCAAGAACAUCAGACAAUUCAUUCUGGAAAGAAAUCAUACAAGUGUGAACAUUGUGGCAAAUGUUUUUACUUCUCCUUAUCCCUUCGGCGACAUAAAGCAAUUCAUUCUGAAAACAGUCCCUUUAAGUGUGCAGAGUGUGGCAAAACAUUCUCCUAUUUAACAUACCUUCAAGAUCAUCAGACAAUUCAUACUGGAGAGAAAGCAUACAAGUGUGAAGAGUGUGGAAGAUGUUUCCACUUAUCUUCAUCUCUUCGGCGACAUCAAACAAUUCACCGUGAAGACAAUCCUUACAAGUGUGAGGACUGUGGUAGAAGGUUUAGCUCUUCUUUAUCCCUUAAACAACAUCAAGCAAUCCAUUCAGCAAAGAGUCCUUAUACCAGUGUGCAUUGUGGCAAAUGGUCUUCCUAUUCUAGGGAUCUUCAGGGUCAUCAAACAGUUCACAUUGGAGAGAAACCCUACAAGUGUGAAGAAUGUCACAAAGGCUUUCGUUGUCCCUCAUCCCUUAGUAGACACAAGAGAGUUCAUACUGGAGAGAAACCCUACAAGUGUGAAGAAUGUCAUAAACCUUUUCGUUGUCCUUCAUCCCUUAGGAGACACAAGAGACUUCAUACUGGAGAGAAACCGUACAAGUGUGAAGAAUGUCACAAAGCCUUUCGUUGUCACUCAUCCUUUAGUAGACACAUGAGAGUUCACACUGGAGAGAAACCCUACAAGUGUGAAGAGUGUGACAAGGCCUUUCAUUAUCACUCAUCCCUUAAGACACACAAGAGAGUUCACACUGGAGAGAAACCCUUCAAGUGUGAAGUAUGUCAGAAAGCCUUUAAUUGUUACUCAUCUUUUAGGACACACAAGAGAGUUCAUACUGGAGAGAAACCCUACAAGUGUGAAGACUGUGGCAGGUGCUUUUCCUCAUCUUCAUCCUUUAGACGACAUAAAAAAGCAAAAAUUCAUUCAGAAAAGAAUUCCUAAAGUUGUGGGGAAUGUGGCAAAAAAAUAUGAAUCUUAAUAUUCUUAUUCAACACAUGAUAUAGUUAAUGCAAGAGAGAAAUCCAACAAAUGUCUUUAAAAGUUUACUUCUUCAAACCUUCAAAUGAAUCAGACGAUUCAUUCUGACUGCAAACAUCAUGAAUGAUGUAUGAUUCUUCUCUGUAUGCUGUGAAUAUGUUUAAUACCAUUGGUUAAUAAAGAAGCUGUGUCAACCAAUGGCUUAGCAGAGUAAAGCCAUGCAGGUAAUCCAAACAGAUAUAGAAAGAGAGUAGGAAGGUUCAGAGAGAUCUCAUGUAGCUGCCGAAGGAGACAGAUGCCAGAACCUACUGCUAAGCCACAGCCUCAUGGCAAUAUACCCAAUUAAUAGAAAUGGGUUAAUUUAAGAUGUAAGAGUUACUUAAUAAGAAGCCUUAUUAAGUCUAAGAGCUAAUUAGCCAAACAGUAUUGUAAUUAAUGUAGUUUCUGUGUGAUUAAUCAGGUCUGGACAGCCAGGAAACAUAAUAACAGUCUCCAAUUACACAUGAGUGUGUGAAGCGUCACAAAAUCUUUGCCAAGAAAUCAGAUAUUAUUCACCUGAAAUAAAUACAUAAUGGAGAAUAGUAAUGUAGUUAUUUUAGAUGUCAAUAUCAACAUGUAACUUACAACAGCACAAAUGCUAUUAAUGUCAUCAGAGAAUAGUAGAGACUUCUCGUUGCUGUAACCUCCAACAGUUUGUUUCAUCAGUGUGUUUGAAACUUGUCUUUAUUAAUGAGUCUCUAUCUUCUGUAACUAUAAAAGAUUAGUGAAACUUUUACCAUGUCAUAGCUUUGUCCAUUGUUUACUUAAAAUUAGUGCCCAUAGAGCAAAAAUUUUAGGAAGGUGUGAAGUGACCAAUCGUUUUCUGAUUGGAUUCAGAGCCCUUUGCACAGUAGGUAACUGAUGUGAUGUUAAAUUUGUGAUAUACUUGUGCUUGGAUCAGUGAUAAGCCCUAGGGAGAAUUUAAUAUUGGUGUUUUAAUAAGUGGAUUGGAACUAAAUGAACCCAAGUUCUCAUCUUUAUAUCCACAGUCAGGUGCCUCUCAGCACCAACCAGAAUGUAUUAAUUGUGUGGUAGAUGGAGAAAUCUACACAGAUGCAAAAUGAUCAAAGUGUGGAGAAUAUUCCUCUGUGGAGGACCCUAAUCCAUAGGUGACACCUGCAUCACACAUCGUAAGUGAUUUCCCUUGCACACAUCUAAAGCCAAAAGUCAUGGAGAAGAGUUGGAAAGAAUGUCAGAGCCAAGUACAGUAGAUGUGUGCCCUGAAGCAGUAGAAAUGUUGAAUCAUUUCUAUAACAGUGAAACAUUGGUAGAAAUGUUAAUACCAUUUUAUGCAUGAACACUCUGUGGCUGUGACUAUGUUGAUAACACUUAUAUAAACUGAACCCCACCAUACAACAAGCAUGGGUGCAUAAAAUCCUCACUGUCUCACCUGUAUCGAGGACCUACUGGCAAUUGAUGGCUGUUGAGGAAGACAGUCAAUCCAGUUAACUUCCAGGUUCCAGUCAACUCUCCUACACCACUAAACACUGAGGAAACACUAAUAAUAACAAAUAAAUAACAAAGAAAAAGCCCACCGAGUUGUGAGUGUAAAGUGUUUGCAAAGGUAAGAAGUAAUAGGUGAAGGAAUGUGGAGAUUUGAGUCAAACGUAAUAUCCAUGUGUUAAAUUCCCCCAAAUAAAUAUCAUUUUAAAGAUUGCUGUUUUGGGACAUGUCCAAACUUGACCUGUAUUAGCAGUGAUUACAGUGUCUGAAUAUGGCUGUCAUUUACAGAGGG